CGAGCGAUCCCGGAAGACUCGUAUUGUUAAAGCUGUCAGUGUGCAGUGAUACUACUUUCCAAAAUUAACUAAUAUUUGCAGUUCAUUUCAUUCAGUAAUUAGAAUUUAACAUCAUGUCCGCUAGAAAUCCCGGAAUGGAUCUUGAUCUUGAAUCGGUGUCGAAAGUCAGAGUCAACACUCAGGCUGUUCUUAAACGAGCUCAGCAGAUCCAGGGACGCAAAGUGGCCAAAAAACAGUGGCAGGCUGCCUGGCUGCUGAAGGCCGUCACAUGCAUUGAUCUGACAACACUCGCUGGUGACGAUACACCUUCAAAUGUCCAUCGACUCUGCAUGAAGGCCACACAGCCGGUCCGGCAUGAUCUGCUGAAGAGCAUGGAGAUGCACGACAAAGGAAUCACGACUGCAGCGGUAUGUGUGUACCCAUCACGGGUGGCUGAUGCUGUGAAGUCUCUUAAAGCAGCCAACUCUAGUCUUCCUGUUGCAUCUGUGGCAACCGGUUUUCCUGCUGGACAAACUCCAUUGAAGACCCGUCUUGAGGAGGUUCAGAUGGCCGUGGAAGAUGGUGCUACAGAGAUCGAUAUUGUCAUCAACCGGACUUUGGCACUCACUGGGCAGUGGACAGCUCUCUACGAUGAGAUCCGGCAGUUCAGAGAGGCCUGUGGAGACGCCCAUAUGAAGACCAUCCUGGCGGUGGGAGAGCUGGGAACCUUCACAAACGUCUACAAGGCCAGUCUGGUGUCCAUGAUGGCAGGAUCUGACUUCAUCAAAACUUCAACUGGCAAGGAGUCAGUCAAUGCCACUUACCCCGUUGCCAUCGUAAUGGUGCGGGCCAUCCGUGACUACUACUUAAGGACAGGCUAUAAGGUGGGUUUCAAGCCCGCGGGAGGCAUCCGUACGGCGCAGGAGUCUCUGGUGUGGCUGACCCUGAUGAAGGAAGAGCUUGGAGACGAGUGGCUCAGUCCUCACCUUUUCCGACUGGGAGCGAGUAGCCUGCUAGCUGACAUUGAACGGCAGAUUUACCAUUACGUGACUGGACGCUAUCCUGCAUAUCAUGAACUCCCUAUGGCCUGAAUCUGUGCAAAAUCAUGGGAGAUUUCAACCAAUGAAAACUGUUCAGAUCAGCCAGUGAUGUGAUGGAAAUAAGUCAUAUCUGUUUAUGAGGUCAAUUAUAAGUUAUAUUUAUAAGUCACCCAAAAAUGAAAUUGUAUCAUUUUUUUCAGCUGUUCCAAAAUUUUUAUUAAUUUUGUUGAACAAAAAAUAAGAUAUUUUGAAGAAUGUUGGUAACCAAACAGUUCAUGGUAGCCAUUGACUUCCAUUGUGUGGAAAAAGAAAAUACUAAGUGAAUAGGUACCGUCAAUUAGCUACCAGCAUUCUUCAGAAUAUCUUUUUAACAAUGGAAGAAAGUAACUCAUACAGGUUUGGAACAAGUUGAAGGUGAGUAAAUGAUGACAGAAUUGUAAUUUUUGAGUUAACUAUCCCUUUAAAUGAAGUCCAGUAUUUUUCAUCAUAAACUAAGAAUAUAUUUUAUUCUAAUGUAAAAACUUGAGUUGUGAAUGUCUAUUUCAAGUUAUCUUGCAUAAUAAUUCAAACCCAAGAACAUAUCUGGAUUUCUGGAUGACAUGGUGCAACCUGAACCAUCUGAAGUAAAAGUGCUCACUUUACGUCAGCGCAAAGGCCUCUUGCAUCACUUUCUCACAUCUACGAUUCCCAGCAGUUGUUCCUCAGACAAGUGUACAGAUCUCGUAAGCUUCAACUGGGGUUACGCUAGCACUGUCCGAGGCUGAUGUUAUUUGACUUCCGCUGAACUAAUUUCAUUAAUCAAGCGCUGGAUGUCAGAAGUGUGUGUUUGGGAUUAAUUAAGAGGGGUUAAGAGAGUUUAAAUGAUCAGAUAAAGCUGCGUGCCAGUUAGAGCUUCGUUUGAAGAUGGAGAACUUUCUUUUUCUUCUCUCUCUUUCUUCUUUAAUUAAGAGAUCUCGGGCCGUACCCUUGACUGGGAUGGAGGAUAAAUGACCGAAUUAAUUGUGGAAUGGGGAAUGAGCCGAGAGGUGAGAGUAGAGCAGGAUGGAAACUUCUGUAAAUUCAGUCUGAAAACUGGAGCACAAAUAGAUUUGUAUUCACAGAGAAGCGAUAAAAGCUAUCUAUCUAUCUAUCUAUCUAUCUAUCUAUCUAUCUAUCUAUCUCACAUGUUGAUUGGCAGCUGUGUGUCUGUGUGUGCCUGUGUCUCAUUAGCAGGGACUCUGGUAGUUUAUGAGACCACACUGGCAGGACUGAGUAAGAGUGAUGGAGCCCCGGCGCUCCGUCUGGUUCUCCCCACCUCCCUCAGGCCAUGACAGAUUAGCUUCACUUACAUAAAGGCAUGUAGAUCAUCUGCAAUCUGGACCCGUGGCCCGCGCCACCAAGCCAGAUAACACUGAGGGAUUGAGCUAGCCUUCAGAUUGAUUCUCCCCUCCACAGACAAACACUUCCUCUUCUUUGCUCUCGUCCCUGUUUUUCUUCCAAUUCUCGCCUCUCCUUUACUCAAUCACUUUCUGUCCUUUAGGCAGUGUAUCCGCUGCAGUUGUGCUUUGUAUUUUAUACAAGGUCAUAUAGCUGGCAGAUAUAAUAUGCAUAUUUUAUUAAUCUUCGUCCAACACAAAACAGCUCUUUAAUCACACAUUCUAUGCCAAAAUAAACAAAUCUGACUACAUAAUACAUGUGAAGAAAUACGCGUUUGUAUAUUAUACAGUAUUCAAGUACCAGUAAGUUAUGUCUAGAGCUGGAUGAUAUACUGUAUGGUCAAAAAGCCUAAUCUUAAAAUUUAGGAUAUUUAAGGUGAAUAAAAUAUGGUCAAAAU